AUGAGUUUAUUCAGUAACAAGAAAACUCCCCAGUUAGUGGACUUAACCGCCACGGGUGGCAGUGACUCGGGUCACACGAAUCGGGAUGUAAUCGACCUAACGAAUGAGGAUAUAAUUGACCUAACCGGUCGAGAGGACAGUGAGUUGGGUGACAAUGCAAACGACUCAAAUGUCGUGAUUGACUUAAGGGAUCAGGAUAACAGUGAGUUGGGUCACACUGCUUCUCAUCAUAAAGGCUCAUCCAGCAACUUAGACGGCAGAGUCGAUGGGCAAGUGGAACACCGACAUACAGUCAUUGACACAUCCGCGCACUCUGGUAUUUUGAGAGAGAUGCGAAGUGAAGAACCAUUGGCGAAAAAGAUGCACUUGGGAGGUUCAUCGAUGGAGGCGCCCAUUGAACACUCACUCGUCGGGAAGGACCCAAGAAAAGAGUCGGCCCAAAUAGGCUUGGGACGGAUAGCGACUGAGACACCUUCAACGGAGCCCCACCAGGAGCACCGACUUCGACCAGAAAGCUCGGGGAAUGUUUCUUCUAAGGAUAGUGGGCUGCAACCUAAUCUUUCACCGGAAAUCAUAAUCGAAAAAAAAUCAAGAUCACCUCAGGAAGAGUCUAGUAACGGCGGGCCUGUCCUUGCCUUGAGUGCUCCUGUGGCUAAACUUAACGCAAACAGCAGGGCCUCCAAGAAUACUUGUUAA